UUAGGAGACAAAACACAAGGCUGAAAAUGUCCAACUGUCCCAUUCAGCUCUAAGAUAAAUAUCUCUUCUUCACUGAAUCCAAAGAAACUGGUAUGUAGCAGCUAGCUGCAAUGGAGGAGAGAAGGUUUCUUGGCUUGUUCUUGCUUGUGUUGCUGCUGGUGUUCCAGGCGGCGUUGCCCGGCCGUGGUGACGACGACGACGAUGGCGGCCGGCUGCUGGACCCGAGAAAGCUCGAGAUGUUCGUCGACGAGCUGCCGGACAUGCCGAGGAUGCGCGGCUACGGCGUGACGGAGGGCGGCAAGCUCGUCGCCGGCAACCUCACCAUCGGCAUGUACGAGACCAUGUGGAAAUUCCACCGCGACCUCCCGGCGACGCGGGUCUUCGCGUACGGCACCAGCAAGGAGACCGCCACGGUGCCGGGCCCCACCAUCGAGGCCAUGCAGGGCGUCCCCACCUACGUGACGUGGACCAACCACCUUCCGCCACGUCACUUCCUCCCGUGGGACCCUACCCUCACCGCCGCGACACCUGGCAGCGGCGUCCCCACCGUCGUCCACCUCCACGGCGGCGUGCAGCACUCCGCCUCCGACGGCCACUCGCUCGCCUGGUUCACCGCCGGCCUCGCCGCCACAGGCCCGCGCUUCUCCUCGCCGGCGUACGAGUACCCCAACCAGCAGCCUCCCGGCAACCUGUGGUACCACGACCACGCCAUGGGGCUCACCCGCGUCAACAUCCUCGCCGGCCUCCUCGGCGCGUACCGCGUCGCCUCCCCGGCGGAGGAGGCGGCGCUCAACCUGCCCUCCGGCGAGGCGUUCGACCGCAACCUGGUGCUGUUCGACCGCGACUUCCGCGCCGACGGCUCGCUGUUCAUGAACGGCACGGGGAACAACCCGAGCGUGCACCCGCAGUGGCAGCCGGAGUACUUCGGCCCCGUCGUCGUCGCCAACGGCAAGGCGUGGCCGUACCUGCGCGUCCUUCGCCGCCGCUACAGGUUCCGCAUCCUCAACGCCAGCAACGCGCGCUUCUUCCGCCUGUCCCUCUCCGGCGGCCUCCGCUUCGUGCACGUCGCGUCAGACUCGGUGUACCUCGCCAGGCCGGUGCCCACCCGCGCGUUCCUCCUCGCGCCGUCCGAGAUCGCCGACGUGGUCGUCGACUUCGCCGAGUCGGGCGGGGCCACGUCGAUCGUCCUCCGCUCCGACGCCCCCGCGCCGUACCCCGGUGACCCCGGCGACAAGGCGGAGACCGUGCCGGUGAUGAAGUUCGUGAUCGAACGCGGCGCGUCGACGGAGCCGGACACGUCGAGCGUGCCGGCGACGCUGAUGCCGCAUUACCCGAAGCCGGACGUGAGGGAGGCGACGGUGACGCGGCGGAUCGCCAUGUACGAGUACACGAAGGAAGGCACCGACGAGCCGACGCAUCUGUACCUGAACGCGCGGUCGUACAUGGACCCGGUGACGGAGACGCCGAGGGAGGGGACGUCGGAGGUGUGGGACGUGAUCAACCUCACCGACGACAACCACCCGCUGCACCUCCACCUGGCGCUGUUCGUGGCGGUGGAGCAGCGGUCGCUGCGGCGCGUGGACGAGCUGAGGGAGUGCAUGAUGCGGGAGGCGAAGGCGGCAGCAGGCGGCCGCGGUGGCGCGGAGGCGGCGUGCGGGCUGGAGCGGCACCUCGCCGGCGGGCGGAGGCACGUGGUGCCGCGGCAGGAGCGCGGGUGGAAGAACGUGUUCAAGGUGCGCCCCGGUACGGUGACGAGGGUGCUCGUGCGGUUCCGGCCGCUCUCGCCGCCGGACAGCCGCCGCUUCCCCUUCGACGUCACCGCCGGUCCCGGCUACGUCUACCACUGCCACAUUCUGGACCACGAAGACAACGAGAUGAUGAGGCCGAUGAAGAUUGUGCGCUACUAGCUUAGAUAGCUCUAGUAAUUUCCCUGUAUAUAUAUGUUCUUGCAUUUGCAUUUGCAUCGCGGCAACCGUCAUUUUGCAGGAUGUACCUAGCUAGGCAAGGCACAUGAAUGAACGUGACAUGUGCACUGCAUUCCAAAGUCGUGUAACCAUAUGAAUCUGAAUUCUCGUUUCGUUUGCAUGCGUCAUACUAUAUCUUUGCUACUGUAGUUUUGAUGCAAAAAAAAAAACCAUGUGAAAAUCGACGAUAGUACUACCACUACAAGUGCUCUGCUUGGACGAUUUGAGCUCUGGGGCUUUGAUGACAACGGUGGCUGCUUUGAGAUUUGCGCGGGGGCACGUGUCGGU